GGCGUCUGCUGUGGCAUCAAACUAUGAUGGACCGAAGAAGAAAGAACAGCCACAAGAUUCAUGUGGGAAUUCAGAACUUCGAUUGCUAGAAGGUUGUAUCCAUCACCGUAAGGGUGCGCCAUUCACGGUUCGUUUAUUCCUUCAUCCGAGGAUCAACGAAUUUAACGAAAAUGAGUGGACCUCUAUUAAUAGGAACUAA